GUUAAGCAACAAAAUGCGUCAAAAAGAUCUGCGCCCAGCACCAGCUCUUAUUGAGUAUAAGGGCAUGAAGUUCCUAAUCACCGAUCGACCAUCAGACAUAACAAUUAAUCACUAUAUAAUGGAGCUUAAAAAGAACCAUGUUAACACUGUGGUGCGGGUGUGCGAGCCCAGCUACAAUACGGACGAGCUGGAGGCCCAGGGUAUUACUGUUAAGGAUCUAGCCUUCGACGAUGGCACCUUUCCGCCCCAGCAGGUCGUCGACGAGUGGUUUGAGGUGUUGAAGGACAAUUUUAGAAAGUCCACAAGCGCCACACUAUCCUACUACAGACAUAAGCGUUUCUCGCUUAGACACAUACCAAAAACAGCUCCAAUGGCAGCUCGAGCCAGCCUCUCGGCAGCGGCGUCGGCGGCAACGGCAGCAGCAGCAGCAGCAGCGACAGCAUCAAAUACUACAGCUUCUUCAGACACAGAUACAGAUACAAUGCCCCUGACAGCAAAUGAAACAGAUACAAGAUACAAUAAUACUGCAUUCGUUGAUAAUGAGACUUGUCGAUAUCAGCAGAACCCCGAGGCGUGCGUUGCCGUUCAUUGCGUAGCUGGUUUGGGACGUGCCCCCGUUUUGGUUGCACUUGCACUCAUCGAAUUGGGCUUGAAAUAUGAAGCAGCUGUUGAAAUGAUUAGAGAUAAGCGACGCGGCGCUAUCAAUGCCAAGCAGCUCUCAUUUUUGGAGAAAUACAAGCCGAAGGCGCGUCUAAAGCACAAAAAUGGCCACAAAAAUUCAUGUUCUGUGCAAUAGAUUUCCAAAA